CAGGUUUCCUAGUCCUGUCUUAUUAUUAAAGAUGUACAGACUUCAAACCAAAAGGGUAAAAGCUGCUGCUAGGCAGAUGUGGACUUCAAACCUCUACAAGAUCCGACAGUCUCUUAAAAAUGUUUACCAUAAAUGUAAGAACCAGCACCCAGAUUCAACUAGACAUCCACCUAUGACUUCCUAUGACUGUGAUCAAGAUGACAUGAGUACUGAUGAAGAAAUGAAUCUUACAGUAAUGCUCCAAGAUAUUAAAACUGCCCAAAUUGAACUCCUCAGCCAAAUGACUGAUGUUGUCAGUGUGGUAUCCAAAAUCCAGGAAAACAUUGACUUUUAUCAGAAGCAGAUGGAGAUACUGAAAACCAGAGUGAAUGUUAAGGAAGACAAACAAUGCACAGUAAGUAAAGAUAUCGUCUCUGUGAAGAAAGACAUUGAUGCUUUAAAGAAGAAGGUGACAGAACUGGAAAACCAGAAUUCUUCCUCCAGCAUACAUUGUUUAGAAGUCCUGGAAGGGGAAAGGGAUAAAGAGACCACAGAACAACUUCACAAACUCAUACAACCAGAAACUUUAAAGAACACAUUGGCUUCUACAGAUGACGGAAUCUCUUCAGCAGAACAAAAAAAAGUGCCCAGUUAUCCUGAGUCCACUGAUGAUCUUGAGGAGAAAACAAUUUCCUCCAAAACUAAAACUCUGGAGAAAAGUAACCACCAAAAUGCAUUAGGAAGCUUUGGAAAUGCAAAGUCAAAUAUUUAUAUUUGCCCAGACAUUAGUACAUGGAUCAAGCUAACUCAUGGAGAAAAAUGGAGAUUUUUUCUCAAAGCUACUGAGUUAGAGGAAUUCAUCCAGGGCCUUCUUUCCAGACCAACCAUCCCUCCUGAGGAACCACAACUCGUAACCCAGAGAUACCGUCCCUUCACUAGGCCUAUUGCGAGUUUGACAGCAUUCUGUCUCUCUGUUUUCAACUAUAUUUACUGUCUUUUUGGUUCCUCAAAAGAGGAAGUUACUCGACUAUAAUUUUCUGGUUUGUUUGGCACAAAAUAAAUGUAACCUGGCUGUUCCAAGCAUUGAUACA